GGUCCAUAAAAUUGACGACCACCGAACCACCGAACCCAAACCGACCGCAUCAGUCCGGGCCGGUGGACGCGAUUACCAUCCCAUUCGGCAGCGUCAGCAUGUCCGAUCCAUCGAUCUGAAUCCCGAUUUCUGAUCGCAUGAGCCCGGGCUUAACUUUCAUGCGCAAAUGAGCGCGAUAUCGGCCCAAGACUGUGCUUGAGUCUGCGCGCGACGGUCCUGACGCCCCUUCGUUUCGCGCUCUUGCCCGUCCACUUUCCGCAUCGCUCGCUUACCCAAUCCGUGGUUGGCUGUCCAUCGCGAGCUCCCACCAUGGUUGACAUUAACCCCGCCGCCCUGAGCCGGCCAUCGAUUAGCCUCUCGACACCGGUCCUUGCUAAGCAGUCCAUUAACGUCUCCGUACCUUCAACACACAAAACACCCAAAAGCAGUCAGCUUAUCCCGGCCCGCAUUGAUCUCGAGCCCAUUUACACAGCGCUGAAGGCCAGCAUCGGCGCGGAACAAUGGCCCAUAUACAAAGGAACGAUCACCAAUUUCUUCAUCGGCCGGCUCAACCAGGCCGAGUUGAGCGAGCGCAUCGACCCCCUUCUCGCCUCCCCCGACGGGUCGAGAGAGCACCUCCAUAACCAGCUUAUCGCUGCCAUAAUCGGCAAUGUCACGCGUGAGAUGCCCGACCAGGGCCUUGCGCCCUGGGUCAGCGCCCACGACAAGCCUUCGACGACAUCAGGGAACAAGCCUGUAUCAGGCGAUGCUGCGGAGCGGAAGUUGAAGGGGGAAGUCAUGCAGCUUCCGGCGCGUGACCGGAGGCGAAUCAAGGACUUGGUACACAACGACUCUGACCCCUACGACUCGUUGGCAAACAUGUUCAUGGACCAUGCCCGGAUGCGGCCCGCCAAGGCCGCCGAGGUGCCGGCCAGUGCGGGCGGCGCCGGGCUCAGCAGGAUGAACUUCGACUUAGAGAUCAGAAAGCGCUAUGCUCAACCAUUAGCCGUCGAGUCGGGCGAGUUUCCAGACGUGAGUAACAUCGAGGGGCGGAUGCUCCCCUUCUGCUACGAGGCAGGCCUCGCAUCGGGCCACGCGCCAGACGCGGCGCAGUUCAUGUCGAUCGCCACCGAGACAUUCAUCAAGGAGGUCUUGUCAUCGAUAUUCAGCCGCACCCGAAGCAACGCGCCUGGUGACUCGGGCAACGCCGGGUUCGGCCCCAACAAUAACUGGAUACAGACGCACAAGUACCGGCGGCAACUCGCGAAGGAGGAGGAGGCGUUCCAGCGCGGCGAAGUCAUACGCGAUAAGAGCGGUUUGCUUCCCGUGGAAGCCAAGGCGGCGAGCGAACGCGGUCCCUUGGGCAUGGCCGAUCUCCGGCUCGCGCUGGAGAUGGGCGACUGCGGCCUGGCCAAUUUCCCCACUAUUGUCAGGUCGGUCAUCUACAGCUACCGGGAAGGGGAACUGGAGAACUGGAACGAUUACACCUACGUGGACGGCCGAGAGAGGAUUGCCGAUUUGGAAGGAGACGUCGAAAUGGCCGAGGUAAAUGGAACAAUGGCGAAGGCUGAGCCGCUCACGAACGGGAUUUCGCACGGUGGUGACCACAUGGAUAUUGACAACGACUUGGGGUGGUGGGAGGGUGCCAAACCCGCGGACGGCGACUUUCUUAACGGAGUCCUCGACUCGUGUCUAGCCGCAGGCUGAGACCAGCUCAGACAGCGCGGAUGCCACAUACGAGUGAGCUCCAUAUCUUUCUCUGGGAGUUUCUGGGAGUUCCUUAGCGGUUUGCGAAACGGCGUUCACGAAGCGAGAUGGCGGCGAACGGGUUGCUUACACGGCAUUGCAUCGGCACUGGCAUUCUUAUUUUGCAGCCUGCCCUGUAUAACUUUUCUGGUUGGACACAGGAAAACAAGGGCGGACAUCUGGGCGUCAAAUUGGGGACAUGCCGGCCAUCUUUGGGGAUUUGACGCAUGUUUGGAUGGGGCUUCUGUACUCUGUCCUGUAAUUUUACGCACGAUACCCGGAAAAGUCCUGGAGUGGAUGGAGAUAGAUGCACUUAGCUCUGGGGUGCUUUGCUCUAUAUAGUUGCAGCACGGAUUUCUGGAUACGAAACAAUGUUCAAACUCAUCUCCCGUGUUCCUCAGGAAGCUGCGUCAAAGAUGC